AUGCCGAAGGCGACCACUCCACGCUCCGCCGCUGCUACACGCAGACAUAAUCCCCUGGCAGAGGAUAUCCUGACAGGGGGUCACCUGCGGACGCAACCCAGCAAGAAGAACAAGCGCAAGUCUCGCGCCGAGGAGGACCAUGAGGAUGGCGAGCGAUUUAUUGAUGCGAAGAUGUCCCGCAAGAUUUUACAGAUUGGGCAGGAAUUGGCCGAUGAAGAUGAGGCCGAACAAAAAGCUGCUCGGGGUCAGACCGGGGAGAAGGUGAACACUGCGUUCGAUUUCGAGUCUCGGUUCGAGGACGAGGAAUUCUUGUCGGACGACGACGAACGGUUCAAGGACGAUCAGUGGGAAGACGAGGAGGAAGUUGAGGAGGUGGAGAUCGACCCGAAUGAUCUCGAUGUGUUCAACAAGUUUAUUCCCGGUGAUGACGGAGAUCCGAUCUUCAAUCCUCGCCAGGAAAGCGCCGGUCAAAGCACGAAUUUAGCCGAUCUUAUUCUAGAGAAGAUCGCGGAGCACGAGGCGAAGCAAUCAGGAGACUCGGGGCCGUUCAUCCAGGGCGGCGGACUACCAGAAGAUGCUGUCCAAAUCCCGGCCAAGGCGGUCGAAGUAUAUGAGAAAGUUGGUAUGAUUCUUUCUCGCUAUAAAUCUGGUCCUCUUCCGAAGCCCUUCAAGAUCCUCCCUUCUGUUCCCAACUGGCAGACUCUCCUCGACAUUACCCGACCUGAAUCAUGGACCGCCAACGCGGUCUACGCCGCCACUCGCAUCUUCAUCUCCUCGAAGCCGAUGGUCGCGCAAGAGUUCAUCUCCACCGUCCUUCUCGAUCGUGUUCGCGAUGAAAUCCACGAGACCAAGAAGCUUAACGUCCAUACCUACAAUGCCCUCCGGAAGGCACUCUACAAACCGGCGUGCUUUUUCAAGGGCCUACUGUUCCCUCUUGUCUCGAGCGGUACCUGCACCUUGCGGGAGGCGCACAUCGUCUCCUCCGUCAUUGCGCGGGUGUCCAUUCCCGUUCUGCACUCGGCGGCUGCGUUGCUCCGCAUGUGUGACCUGGCCGCUGAACAGUCGCUGAAGUCGCUCGAGAGCACGGGCGCGGUCAAUACGUUCAUCCGGGUCUUCCUGGAGAAGAAGUAUGCGCUCCCCUACAAAGUGAUCGAUGCCCUGGUCUUCCAUUUCCUGCGGUUCCGAGCCGACAGCGGGGAGGACGCGAUGAUGACGGACGGUCCGUCCAGCAAGGCAUACAAGCUCCCCGUCCUGUGGCAUCAGUCCUUGUUGGUCUUUGCGCAGCGUUAUCGCAACGAUAUUACGGAGGAUCAGCGCGAGGCUCUCCUCGACUUGCUGUUGGUUCGCGGACACAAAGACAUUGGACCCGAGGUGCGACGCGAGCUGUUGGCGGGUCGUGGACGAGGUGUGGUGGUUCCGGAUCCCGAGAAACAAGGGGCUUUGGACGCUGGAGAUGAUACGAUGGAUGUGACCAUGUAG